UGUAGGGGCAGUGAGGGGGAGUCCAGAGGGUGCAGGGAAGGGCUGCAAAGACAGAGUUGAGGCAGCUUCUUCCUGAGCCUCUGUGGCCCUGACUGAUGGAACCAGUUUGGGGUGGGAAGGAAUCAGGAUGUCCUCACAUUUCCUUCUUCGCCUGAAGUUAUCCCAGAUGGCUCCUGGAUGAAAUUCCAAGGAUGUCACUGCUGGGGAGGGUCCCUGUGUGCCUGAAGAAGGUACAUGCUGGAUGGAGCACAGCAUGCCUGGGUCCUGAGGGGGCCCAAACUCCAAAGAAAGAAUUGAGUCCCAAGGCCAAGUCUUCAAAGGGGUAGGGGGAGGCUCCAGCAACUAGCUAAGACCAAAUUAGCUGCCUCCCAGUUGUUCAAAGGGAGCCGCUCUGUCCCUCCCUGCUAGGCGUCCUGCUUUCUGGCCCUGUAAUUACACUGCUUCCCCACGCGUGGUUUGGUCCCAUUCCUUGGCUUCCAAAGGCUUCGAGGGAUGGAAGGUGGAAGUCCCUGUGGUUAUAGAGAUGACAGGUGGGUACUGAUUGCUGCAGAGUGUGUGUGGAGGAGGAUGUGAAAACAAGGGACGGGUAACCAAGGUCUAGGUCAUCGAUAGAGCCAAGGUGGCCGGUCCUGAGCUGAGGGGCUAAAAUGAGGGACGCUGCUGUCAGAGGUUACACAUCAGCCAUUGCCUUCCAAACUGGUUUGACCAGUUAGGUUCUGAUGGGGUUCCUGGUGUCACUGGGCUGGCCUCUCCCCAGAGAUUGGCUUCCUCCUUUCCCUCCUCCCCUAUAAAGCCUCUUGGGGUUCCUAGGCACCCAGAAUCAGCCCACCCUUGGGUUUAGAGGCCAAGACAGCCAUGAUGCUCAACUGGAAGCUGCUGGGGAUCCUGGUCCUUUGCCUGUAUGCGGAAGGCAUCUCAGGCAGCGGAGACCACCCGUCUCUCCCACCCAUGGAAGCUGGAGAGGAGGAGGGCUCCUCAGCAUUGCCUCAGGGCCCCCCAAUCCCUGGUAACCCCUGGCCAGGGGUACCCUCUCUCUUUGAGGACCCUCCACUUUCAGGCCUCAAUCGUCCCUGGAGAGACCUGCCUGAAUCUGGAGUCUGGCCUCCUGAGCCCCCCAGAACUGAUCUCCCUCAACCUCCCCAGCCUGAUGACCCCUGGCUAGCAGGACCCCAACCUCCAGAAAAUCCCUGGCCACCUGCCCCUGAGGUGGACCACAGAUCUCAGGAGGAGCCAGACCUUGACCCACUCCGGGAAGAGUAUAGAUAACAGGAUUCUGGCUUUCUGGGCCUCCUGGCAGGGUGCACUCAAGCCUGUCUACCCUUCCAAUUCCCCUUAAGUUCUCCCCAAUUGAGCCUAGCUCCUUACAUCCCUUCCUCAUUCCUUCAAUUUUAUUGUGGAAUCCUGAAGGUGUCAUUCUCACUGUUUUCUGUCCCUCCUGAGAUCUGUAUUUAGCCCCCGCAUUGCCCCUCCUUUUUUCUCCGACAGCUCAAGUGUACACCUCUACCACAAGCCCAGUAUCUGCCUCCCACCUCCUCUUCCUCACCCCUGGGGCUCCUGGGGCAGGGCUGGUAGCACUGUGCUGUCUGCUGCCACCUGGUGGCCAACAGGGGACAAUGAUGGUGCUUUCAUGAAAUUGAUAAGUAAAAACCGUGUUUUCUUAAUUUUGAAUCUAGGCAGCUUCUUUGCCAGUGUAGGAUUUGAAUAUUCAGAUGUCCUCUUCAGAGCUACUAACCUACAAAGAUCUGGAAGUAUUUGAGUUUCUUUUGUGCCCAUAUCCAAUAAGGUUGUGGAGCUCAGCAGGAAGGGUGUUGGAAAAGUAACUAUCAGAGCUACAAAGAAAUUCAGACCCACAUUUCUCCCGUUCUGGGACUCCUGUUUUGGAGAAUGAGAAACCAAGUUACGUCUCUCUUUAAUAGCUUAUGGUUUGAAUACUGCUGGGGCAUGAAAACUUUCCUAGGGGCAUGUGGGCAGGACCAAGUUUUAAGGGGAUCAAUUUCCAGAAGUAUAUGUGUCCCUUCCUAAAACGAAUGUGCCUGAGGAUUGUGUUCUCUUUUUCCACCUGCCUCCAUCAACAAGCCACUCUUCUCCCACUGGACAAAGGCCCAGCUUUCUCACACACCCAGAGUGCUCUUCCUGGAGCUGCCAAACAAAAGUCAAUGGGAAAAAAAACAAGCCCUUUCCAGCUCAUUAAGAUAUACAUGUUCAAAAUCAAAGUACUUUUCUGUUUAAUCAUUGUCAAUAUUUGAAGUUUAGAUAACUGUGUCUUGUAAUAAUUGUAAUUAUAAAUUCAUUGCAGAAUAACUGUUUUCAACACUUGGAGCUUUAUGGCCACAGGAAAUAAAUUUCAACUUACAUAUCUUUGUUACAAAGAUAUAUCAUUUAUUAAAAGGGUGUUAAUGUAUAUGAAAAUGUUAUGGUAUUAUAUUCCAUCUAUACAUUUAAAAGAGUGAUGUGACUUUUAAUAUUGUAAGUAUUAACAAUUCCCUGGAAAGCAUACCCUUUGUAGUAUUGAAACAUGAUU